AUGCGAGUUGCAGAGCAGCAGGCCCAACUCGAACAACAGUUUCUCACUCCGCUUGCCUCGGGUGACUAUCUUGAAGACGAUGCUGCGUCCGCUGGGAUCGUUCCUCCCAAGACCACCCGCCCUCAUUAUCGCAUCUGGCCCCAUUCCAAGACCACAGUCGAACACACCAACUCCACCACCGGGUACAGCUAUGGCUCUGGCUCUGGAUCAUUGCGACGCAUGAUCCGGCCGCCGUUGGAUAAGGCUCGGUCGCUUUUCGUCCUGCCCACCACGACUACUGCCGGUCAGAACGUGGUGGUUUCAUACUGGGUGCCGCAGCAACAUCCAGUGCAGCAGGUUGCCCCUGAUAGAGGUCGGGAGCUUUCUAGUCUGCCUAAGCAUUUGGCGGUCGAUAGGAACCAUCGCCGGUGCCACUCGGAGCAGCCGCGGUCUUGGAGGCGGCCGAGUGCGAGUUUGUGGACGCUUACGGAGGAGUGA